GAGAUGACAUCACUUCAAUGCGACUCAUGGCUACUGACUCAUACAGGGAAGAUAACAGUUUAAUUUGAAACUUUACAAGGACUUUCAAGCUGUAAAAUUAUCUGAAUUAUGGACAAAUAAUUCCUUUUUUUGAGAUAGGCUUCUUAACGUGCAGUCUUGUUAUGAUUGUUAAUCUUUAUGUUCAUAAUAUAUGGUAUUUGGUGUUAAAAUAUUACUUGGCUCAUGAUGCUAAUAUGCUAAGGCUACUGUAGCUAAUAUACUUAUUAAUUGUUGUUGUUAAACGAUCAUAGGUAAAUUAAUUCUAAGAAUGCAUUGACUACAAAAGUGUUACAGAGGAGAUAGUUACAGAAACCAGGUGGAUUUGAUAUGCAGUGAUUUAUUUACAUAAAUUUAUAUGUUUAUUUACAUAGCUACAUAAUUGCAUAAUACUCUAAGAUUAUUGUUUUAAAUAUAGCUUUAAAAACAAAAUUAUAUAUCAGGGAUAGGCAACAUCAGUUCUGGAGUGCCGCUGUCCUCCAGAGUUUAGCUCCAACCCCGAUACAAUAAAAAAUAAAACUCACCCGUCUGUAUUAUUAAUAAUCCUGAAGACACUGAUUAGCUGGUUAAGGUGUGUUUGAUUAGGGUUGAAGCUAAACUCUGCACUCCAGGAACGACAUUGCCCAUCCAUGUUACAGAAAUAUGAAGUUAAAUGGCCAGUAGGUGGCGGAAAGUUACUGUCUUUAUGAGUGAGUCUUUCAUUUAAACGUUUUGUUCACAUCGGGAAUUCAUUUAAGAAACACUGCUGUUCUGCUCUCAUCAAAAUAGUGCAAAAACACACUCAAAAUUAACGUAUUGCUAUAUUGAUUUAUACAACAGCUCAAUAAACAUUUGCAAUCGCAUAAUACUGGGGAAAACACUCUUGCUGGUCUGAAGGCUAUUGCUUAACUUUAUAAUUUUAUAAUCUCAGUGUUAAAAUGUGAUACAAUUCAUAAACCAACACCCUUGUCAAUGACAUACUGUAGGCCUACAUAAAAAGACAAAAUCUAUAAAUCUGUUUACAGAAAAACAAUACAUGACAAAAUAUGCAGACAGUUUACAAUUACGAGCAAUAUACAAUGAUCUAAACCAGUGGUUCCCAAACUUUUCAGAGUGAAGUACCCCCUGAGGCAUUUACCAUCUUUCUGCGUAGCCCUCUCUUCCACUUAGAUUGUAAAUUUUCCAUUAAGGGACAAUAUUUGCCCCCUAAAUUGCCUUUGAAAGCUACCCUUUUAAUCUUUAUGAAUACCUUUACAACAUUAAUAAAGUUUUAAAUAAAAAUAUGUUCAAUAGAGAAAUAUGCAGAAGUAGAUGGCGGUAAGUCACUGUCUUAGUGCGUGAGUCAUCGAGUCAUUCGUUCAAAGACGCAAGUGGCUGUAUUUAUGAAUGAAUCAUUGAAUCAUGACUUUCACCAGCGAUUCGUUCAAAGUUGCAGAUUCGUUCUCGAAACACCGCUGUGUUGUAAUCCUGCUGUUGCUUUCGUUGCAAAAUAGAGCAAAUACUGUGAAGAAUAACACUUAAUAUUACCCUUUUGUUUGUUGAACUGUUGUGUGGAUAUUUGGAUUUGCAUUAAGCUCGUAUAAUAUUAUCAACAUUAAAAACAAGAACUCACAUAAGAUAGGUUUUGUUUUGUAUCAAGAGUUUGAAUCUUAAAUUGAUAUUUAUGCACGUUUUGUGCCAGGCUAUUGUUCUUCAUGCUAGUAAGUGCUAAAUCUGCAGGUACAGAACGGCAGUAAUGUAGCGCGAUUUGCUCAGGCAGCAGACUCCACCUAUUUGCACCCAUAUGCGCGCUGCUUAUGUGGAAAUGGAAAUUUGGUGUGGAAAUUUCAAGAGAGCGAUGAUAAAGUGAACCCAUGAAUCAUGCAGAUUCACUGAGAACUGUUGAACAAGUGUCUAUGGGCUUUACCCUAUGGUUUUAUACAUUUGUAGAUGUUUUAAUUAGACAUUAGAAUAAUUAAAAUGAAUAAUGGUAGUUAUUAAUCUCUUAUUGGCCUGUUUAGCUUGAGCCAUGGAACAGAGAAACAAGCCUUGAAAAUUGAUAAAAGAACACAUAUUAUACAGACACUCUAUAUUUAAUCUUAUUAGAUGAUUAGUUAAUAGCAUUUGAUAGAUUUUACUUUCAAUAAAACUCUUGCAAUACAUUUGUAAAAGGUGUUUUUAUGCAUGUUUGGCCUGAGUUUUGUUGCAUUUACACUGUUCUGACCACUAGGGGUCACUGUGGAGACGGGUGUCAGAUUGUUUCGAAGUCUCGACACAUUAAGGCACAUUUGCUUCAGCUGCUUCAGUGUUUCACGAAGCUUCGAUCUGCCCAUCACUAUAUACAGUAUAACAACGUCCUACCACAGAAAGAUUUUACCCCAGCUCGGAAAUUGCCAGCUGUGACGGUUAUCUUCUCCUGUAUGAGUGUGAGCAUCGGUAGCCAUGAGUCGCAUUGAAGUGAUGUCAUCUCCCUCUCUUCGAUUGAUUGGCUAGAGGAGGAGCUGUCAAUCUAGAACAAGUGGACCAAUGGUGACGCUUAAGCCCGGCCUAAUUUACAUGAAACUCGAACUGCAAUAUUUGAGGAAAACGUAAAAAGAAGAGCUAAGAGAAAAACAGCACAAGCGUACAAAAGAGUAAAAUAUGAGCACAAAAUGUAGGAGAGCACAAAGAACAGAGUAAUAAAAAGCAAGGAAAACAACUUUUAAGAACACAUAAACACAAGUUUAAGAUUUGUGCAAUAUCAUUUUUAAUGUGUUUAAAGUUGAUUCAUGCUUGUUAUUUUUUUAAAUGCGCUUUUAAUUUUUCGAUUCACGCUUAUUAUAUUUUGAUCCGUUCUUUGCCAUUCUGAUCAUUUUGCAUUAUUUUUUUAAGUUUGUACUAUAUAUUUUUACAUGUGUUUUUAAAUUUUUGAUUCACGCUUAUUAUUUUUUGAUUCGUGACCACAAUACUAUUGGCGGGAAUUUAAUCACAUAGACGUCGGUCACGAGCUCAGCAACUGUAACAACAGCUCCCUUAUAACAGCAUUCCUUGUAACAGCAUUCACACGAGGCGUCGGUGUUAACGCUUCUCAUUUACUUUGAAUGGGUGACGUCAUGCGUUGCCGAACUAAAUUGUGGGUCGCUUCACUUGCGUUGUUCGUGGCAGAAGUUAAAAGGCUUGUUCGAGAUGCAUCGGCGCUGCGCAGACCGAUCGGCAUCAAAGUACCGCAAGAGUCAUUCAAAAGCGUAAAGAGUUGUCUGCUCUCCAGUCGCUCUCGCUGUACAUUUGCCGAUCGGUCUGCGCAGCGCAGAUGCAUCUCAAACAAGCCAAGAAAUUUCUCAAAUUUUCAAGCGCCAACACAAAUGUCAGCCAAUCAGAUUGCCUUAUGCAAAUACCCUAGCACAGACGCUAGCCAACUGCAUUCAUGCAACACCGGAAAGUAAUCUCCAUCAAGCCAACUCCCCAUGUGAAUGCACUGUUACAGUUCCUUGUGAACCAAAACAAUGAGCUUAUGCUGCACUCACGCCAUAACUACUGUAAUUAAGAAAUGGCAACCCAUGACGUUAUACUAGGAGCGGUCCGUGACUCUAAUUUAUGCGUUUCAGUGGCAACACUACCAACGCCAAAUUUAAUCUGCAGCAGUCAGGUGGUACAGGUCAGAGCUCUUUAAGUUGUUAAUCUUCAUUAUUAUUGUAAUGUUAUGUGCUUUGAGACAGGAGGUAGUUUAACGCCGUCUCUGGUGACGCUUUUGCUCCCUGCUGUGCGCGUGUAACGGAGGCCAGCUAGUAGUUGCUGCUGCGAGUAAACCUUACUCUAGCGAGUGACGCUAGGGGUUGCAGCCUUUAGCCUCCUUGUUAGAGCAUCCGACUCCCAUGCGGACGGGCCCGAGUUCGCGUCCCGUUUGGAGCGGGCAGGUACGAACUGGAGGGGCUACACUGGUGCCGUGACCCGGAUGGGAGUGAGGUUUAGGGGAGUGAGUGUAACGGAGGCCAGCUAGUAGUUGCUGUGCGAGUAAACCUCACUCCUCUGAUCUCAAGAGACGCUCUAGCGACUGACGCUAGGGGUUGCAGCCUUUACCAUCCUUGUUAGCGCGUCCGACUCCCAUGCGGAUGGGCCCCGAGUUCGCGACCCGCUUGGAGCGGGCAGGUGCGAACUGGAGGGGCUACACGCGUUCAUGUGUUUUGAAGGAGGCGUGGCUUUGGAGACACUCUGAAGGGAGGGUGGGAUCUUAUGCUUUCAAAGCUAGCUCACUAUUGCUAGCCUCUCCAAAAAUGACCUACCCUGCCCUUAAGCCUGGUGAUGAAAGUUAUUGUAUGCGAGAAGAAAAAUAACAUAUUUCAUUGUAUUUUUAGUAUUUUAAAUACAAAAUACUUUCUCUCAAAGUAUUUAAUUACAAAUUACAUUUGAUUUUUUCUUUGUUAAGGAAAAUACACAUUACAAAAUACUCAAAAGUAAUUAAAUACGUAUUUUAAAUACAUUUAAUUAAGCUACUGCUCAUCUCUGACAGGAACAAACCUGUUAGUUUGAAUAAUUUAUUAUGAUCAUUUAGUAAAAGAAAGAAAACAUUAAACACUAUACAAAUACACCGAAGUAAACUGAAGUACAGUAGUCAACAUUUGAAGUUGAUCAAGAUCUUUCAUCAAAGUUGUCCUAAAACCUUCUUCAUUAAACAACAACCCAGAUCAAGGCGCUUAAUUGUGUUUUCAUUUUCUGAUUAAUUUGGUCAGUCUUUGUCUAGAAGCUGAUAGCAAGAAUGAGUAGAUGUUCAAAACACAUUAAUCAUUAAUAUUUUGUUCAGCUUUUAAACCACAAUCAUUUCAGUGAUGUUUCUUUUGUUUAAUUUGAAUCGGUCACUUUCAUAGUGUGAGAACAGCUGGGAGUAAAAACUACGUGUUUUUUUCAGCCUUACUCAGUUUGACUGGUGUGAAACCACACAGACCUUCAUAAGUGUUGCAUUAUGAUGAGCUAAACAGUUUUGUUAAGAUCACACGUAAGCUGUCAUAUCUCAGAAAACACACACCCACACACACAUUGUUAGUGAUAUGAAAAGCAGCUUCACCCUCCUCAUCUCUUAGUUUGAAGAGUUGCCGUCUGGCUGUGAGCGACUACAUUUUCUGGCCUUCUCUCAUCGUUGCUCCUACAAAAAAUAGAACAAAAUUUCCUAACAUUCCCAGCAUCUGCACUUCACUAGAUCUACUGGAUCAUCUGAGAGAUUCGACUGAAUCAAGAUGCUGCUGAUGAUUGAAGCUCUUCUACUAAUUUCAGCUGCCGUAGGAGAGGAUCUCAGAGCGGCUGCUGCUGUCAAAGGACAGAUAUUUCCAUUGGAUAUGGCAGUGAAUUCUGUUGAUGACGAUUUUAAGGGCUGUAGAGAGAACAUGGCAAACCUGGUGAAGACAGAAUAUCUACAGAAGGAACUCAAUAACUCAGCUGAAUUUAAUAAGGCUUGGAAAAAAGGUCUAGAACAUGGCCAGAAAGAUUACAGUAAAGAUAACUUGACAAGCAAUCAUUCAGUUGCCAUUUAUGUGUACACUGAUGAUAUGGUAUUUCGUGAUUUCAAUAAUGACACUCGUUACGGUAAACAAAACUACACAAACAAGACAUACAAAUGGUAUUCACUUCAUUUUUUGUUAGCAGAUGCGAUACAGAUUCUGAAGAAAACACAAAAAGGAUGCAUGACAACUUAUCGUCGUACAAAUGUUAAAUUUAAUGAGAACGUACUGAACACAACAGUUCGUUUUGGAUCAUUUGCAUCUUCCUCUCUUCAUAGUAACAAAACUAUUUUUGGAAAUGUGUCUUGUUUUAAUAUCAGUACUUGUUAUGGUGCUGAGGUGACAAAAUAUUCUAAGCUUCCUCGUGAGAGAGAGUGGCUGAUUCCUCCGUAUGAGAUGUUUAAUGUCAUUGAUGUCAAGACGAGAAGAGAUCAGAAAGAUCUCUGGUGUGACACUGUGUUCGUGUUGAAUAGCACUGGAACAAAAAGUGAUCUGAACUGUGCUUUAUUCAGGGGACCAAGUCCAAAAAUAAGUAUUAUGUUUGGAAUGGAACAAAUGUUUUGAAUGAACAUUUCCACACAAAUCAAUAUAAAUGUAUCUCUUUCCUCUCAGUGUACUGAUUAUUUGUCAGAGAAUACAACUUCAACAAAAUAAAGUUAAUUUUGAAGUGACCCAA